AAAAAAUUUUCUUCUCUUCUAUUAUUAUACUUGUUUAAUUAUUUUAAUAACUUUAAAUUUUAUAAACUUAGUGAGUUUAAUUCGGCAACUUUCGACAAUUUGUGGGACGCUAUGCAAAUUGCCUUAAACGAAAAGAAUGUGAUACGUGAGCCGCAUGAUCUAAAGGAAGUAAUGAAUAGUUGGACACAACAAAAGAAUUAUCCUGUAAUAAUUGCAACACUAUAUAAUAGUGGAUGGGUAAAAAUAUCGAUGCCUAAUUUCAAUGAAACGGAUCGCAGCUGGAUACCUCUGACCUAUACUACACAGUCGGUUUCCAAUUUUAACGCUACGUCAAUUACUGACACGUUGUGGCUAGGAUGUAAUCCAAAAACACCUACAGCUACUACGUUUGAUAGUAACCCUGAAGUGGAUAAUUGGAUAAUUGUCAAUUUACAACAAUCUGCAGGCAAACUCAAUCCCUCUAUAUUCUGGGACCUUACGAGUUAUUUAUCACAGGAGACAGAUUUUAUAGCAUGGUAUCCUAUGAUCAAAGUUUUUGAACACAUGUCGACUAUCCUUCCAUUUUCAAAUAAAAGAGUUGAAAAAAUCCAGUUCAAUCGAUGUUUGCAAGCCCAAAAAUUCCCUGGCAGUUGUAUAAAACUCGGCAUAUAA